AUGCCUUCAACUUACACAAAGUUUUCCUGCAGCCAUGUCUUGGAAUCACGAACUGCGGCAGGACGUGCAAAAGAGGAGCCUCCCCAGGCUCUCAAGAGAACUUUGAAGAGUAUCUUGAGCUUGGGAAUGGCUUGGGAGUCGACAGCAUCCAGAACACGCACUCUACACCAACCUCAACCUGAGAGGCUCAAGCUGGGGCUGAAAAGGGUUUUCACUUUGGGAAAAUUCGAGCCUCCGACACUCACUUCGAUCGAAGGAUGUCCCAACUGCAGACGAAAUGCGACUUUUGAGUCGGAAGUAUACUUGGGAUGGGUCGACGAACAGCCAGAACCAGAAGCCUCUCAACCGGAGGAGCCUAAUGAUCAAAGACCACACACGGCACAGGCUGUCCCCCAGAACUUCCAAACACGAAGAGAGCCCGCUAACGUGGAAGAAUCCCCAGAAUGGCGCAGACAGCAGUCCCGCAUUCCCAUUAGUUUUAUCCGUAACCGUACUGACGCUCGUGAAAAAGUCCAAAAAGAGGCAGACAGGGACGAAACUCUCGCAUAUCUUGAAGGACGGGGCAGAACUCCCAACGUUCCCCACCAUCGACUCGGAGGAUAUUGGGACUCAGAAGAAGACCACAGAGACGAAGAUCCUACAUCUUUCGAAAGACGAGGCCGCGCUCCCGCCCCUCCCACCAGGCAGCAUCAGGAUGCAGCAGAGGAACCGCUCUUGGAACUUGAGAGAAACCCUUUUAAAUCGGAUGAAGAUUCAAACUGA